AUGUCGCCUCUCGCCUCUCGCCCCUUGUUCAGGGGAGCUCUUCAGCUCUCCUCGACCUUCUCUAAGCGUUCCAUCUCGUCCUUUAACAAGACACCGCCACCAGCCAACAAGGGCCCCAACAGCGGUAGCGAACAAGCUCUACCUAUCGGCCCUUACUAUGAGGCCAUCAUUGUAACGCCUCAACCCAUUCCUGAGACCAAGCCAGAGGAGCCGCCCACCUCUUCGCCCAAGUCUCCUCGUAGCACAGCCAAAAAGAACGCCGCGGCACAAGACCAACGGCAACACCAGCCAGUAGAUACAUCCCCGGCGCCGGCUCCUUCACCUUCCACUGAACCUGCGACAGCGCAGGAGAAAGCACGCAUCAUUUUCGGCUCUCGACUCGCUGGCCCAAUCGAGCGAGCAGAGAGACUACAGGCAAUCAAGGACAAGAGCACCAUGAUCGCAGGAGUUCGGGUACCCCCUAAACCUGAGGAACCAGACAAUUGUUGCAUGAGCGGAUGCGUCAAUUGCGUCUGGGACCGAUACCGUGACGAAAUGGAGGACUGGGUGUCUGCUAGUAAAGAAGCAGAACGAUGUCUGCAAGCCCAGCGCGCUCAAGGUCCCGUCGAUGCGCUGAGUAGUGCGAGUGCUGUCAAGGAAAUGGAUGGAUCGAAAGAGCCAGCUUCGGCGACUUCUGGCUCGGGUCAUGUGCAGCCCGGUUCAAGCGUCAAUGAAGCAGUGAGCAUGGAUGAUGAUGGAGGAGGUAGUGACACGAAUUGGCCGACACCACAACCCAAAAUUGCCAAAGACUUGUGGGACGACGGCUUGUACAAGAACGUUCCCGUUGGUAUUCGGGAGUUCAUGAAGACGGAAAAGAAGCUGAAACAGAGGCAUGAGGAAGAGGGCUCUGUCGGUGGUUAA